GCAGUUCGGCCACUUCCUGCCUGAGGUGAGCUGCUAUCAUGGAUGCCGAGCCUCCUCCUCUGGAAGAGCGGCGUCGGCUGCAGGAGGAGCUGAGCGAGUUCGUGGAGAGCUGCUGCCGGACGCUGGAGGAGGUGACGGCGUCCCUGGGAUGGAGCCUGGAUCAGCUGGACCCCGGGGACGAGGGGGAGGCCGAGGAUGAAAUCGCCAUAUGCCCUUAUGAUUCCAAUCACCGCAUGCCUAAAUCAUCACUAACAAAGCACGUGGAAUCUUGCAGAUUGAGAAAACUGGGAUAUACCAAAGAGGAAGAGGAUGAAAUGUACAAUCCUACUUUUUUCUAUGAAAAUUUGAAGAUUCCUUCAGUUACUUUGAAUAAGGACUCACAGUUCCAGAUAAUUAAACAAGCUAGGAACACAGCUGGGAAAGAUGGUGAUUGUUAUAGCCAAAGAAUGUAUUCUUCAGCGCCUGUUGAAGUUCCUCUGAAUCACAAACGAUCAGUUUGUGACCUCACCCAAGCAGAUCGCCUCGCCCUGUAUGAUUUUGUCAUUGAGGAGACAAAGAAAAAGCGCUCUGGUCCUCAAGUCAUUGAAAAUGACAGUGACCUGUUUGUAGACUUGGCUGCUAAAGUCAAUCAAGAUAAUAGCCGAAAAAGUCCAAAAUCUUACUUGGAAAUCUUGGCAGAAGUGAGAGAUUAUAAAAGAAGGCGCCAGUCCUAUAGAGCUAAGAAUGUUCAUAUAACCAAAAAGUCAUACACCGAGGUAAUUCGGGAUGUGAUAAAGGUGCACAUGGAAGAGCUCAGUAACCAUUGGCAAGAAGAACAAGGAAGGGCAGAAGAUGGUGCUGAAAAGAAUGAAGCAAGGCGGUCAGCUUCGGUAGAUUCACGACAAUCUGGUGGAAGUUAUUUGGAUGUUGAAAGUUCACGGCAUAGAAGGGCUCGGAGUAGGAGCCCACACAAACGAAAAAGAAAUAAAGAUAAAAGUUCUGAGUCGAGAAGAAGGAAAGAGAGGGAUGGAGAAAGACAUCACAGUCAUAAAAGAAGAAAACAAAAAAUAUAAACAGAAUGUAAAUGCAUUAAUUGUGCUUAUGGAAUAAAUAUGCUGAUAUUUUAAUUACAA